AUCUCAUCACUGUCAUCAAGAACAAUAUAAAAAUAUUAGAAACCUGUGAUGAUGAGGAGCAAGUAGGUUAAUUUUCCUUUUAGAUAUUACUCACAGUUUCACAACACAAUGGGUUCUCUUAUGGCAGGAUGGGACUCUACCCAUGUGGAUCCUAAAUCAGCCACACUUAAGAGGAACCGUUCACUGACCAAAGAUGAAAUUAAUGCUUUCUGGAAAUCAAAGAAGAAGAUAGAAGAAGAACACCUUACUGCUAUUUCCAGUUCAUCACACACUAUUCAGAAUGGACAGGGCAGGAAGAACAGCACAGAGUCUGAGAGGAAGUUUCAGAAAUCAGUGAGCAUGCCAGUGACACGUGUACGUGAAAACCUCAAUAAGGACCUUUUUGAUACAAGUUUGGAGCAGCUUAUCGAGAAAAAUGGCUGGUGGACGAGGAGUAGCUGGGCAUUUCUGAAUGAGCCUCCAGUGAAUGAAGCUGCAUCAUACAAGUACACAUCACAGUUUCAUGUUGCCAACAUGGAAUCAUCAAAAUUUAACCCUCAAAAUGGAAUUAGUGCUUGAUGUCUGCAUAAAAACUAUAUAAUAUAAUAUAACAUGAUGUUAUUAGUGGUUGGUGUUGUUCAUGUUGAGUGAACUAUAUAUAUGUUAUGAGAGAAUUUGGAGUGUGUUUUUGGUUUGGAAGAAUUGAAGGCAGCAAAUGGAGAAAGAACUUCUGAUGUUGAAAUGUGUGGCUUGUUUGAUCUGAACAAUUAAUGAAUGACUUUGAUAUGCUAAUUAUUUA